AUGAAGUCUCCAACGGCAAAUCCACCCCGUAAAAGAAGAAUGCUGUGGAUUAUUCUUCUAAGCACAAUUGCCGUAGCAUGGACUACUCCCAUUCCCUUGAUCGAGGACUCGGAGGAAAUUGAGGAACCUUGCUUUGAACCUUGUUACUGUGAAGUCAAAGAAAGCCUUUUUCAUAUACACUGCGACAGCAAGGGAUUUAUAAAUAUUAGUCAGAUAACGGAGUCCUGGUCAAGACCUUUCAAACUUUACCUGCAGAGAAACUCCAUGAGGAGAUUAUACACCAACAGUUUUCUCCACUUGAACAACGCUGUUUCGAUUAACCUUGGGAACAAUGCACUGCAAGACAUUCAGACGGGAGCCUUUAACGGGCUCAGAAUUCUGAAGAGGUUGUACCUGCAUGAGAAUAAAUUAGACAUUUUCAGAAACGAUACUUUCCUAGGAUUGGAAAGCCUGGAAUAUCUGCAGGCAGAUUACAACGUCAUUAAGCGGAUUGAAAGUGGGGCAUUCCGCAAUCUGAGCAAACUGCGGGUCCUGAUUUUAAAUGACAACCUUAUUCCCAUGCUUCCCACCAAUUUAUUUAAGUCUGUGUCCUUAACUCACCUGGACUUGCGUGGAAACAGAUUAAAAGUGCUUAGCUACCGGGGGAUGCUAGACCAUAUUGGCCGGAGCUUGAUGGAAAUCCAGUUGGAAGAGAACCCUUGGAACUGUACUUGUGAGAUUGUGCAGCUAAAGAGCUGGCUGGAGCGCAUCCCUUACACUGCCCUGGUGGGAGACAUAACUUGUGAGACCCCUUUCCAUUUCCAUGGUAAGGACUUGAGAGAAAUCAAAAGAAACAAACUCUGCCCUAUGCUAUCUGACUCAGAGCUGGUCAGCAUUGGUGUCCCUCAGUUGCCCUCAAGCAAGGAGAAUGCAUGGCCUACUAAACCUUCCUCCAUGCUGUCCUCCUUCCAUUUCACCGCUUCCUCUGUUGAAUACAAAACCUCCAUUAAGCAGCCCAGGCCCACAAAACAGCCCAGGGCACACAAGCCACCCCCUACACCUCGAGGCCUAUACCCUGCACCCAACCAACCUCCCAUUGCUGCUUACCAGACGAGGCCUCCAAUCCCUAUCAUUUGCCCGACCGGCUGCGCUUGCAGUUUGCACAUCAACGAUUUGGGCCUGACAGUCAACUGCAAGGAGAGAGGGUUCCACAACAUUUCUGAGCUCCUGCCCAGGCCUGUCAAUGCCAAGAAAUUGUACCUGAGUGGAAAUUUGAUACAGAAAAUUUACCGGUCUGAUUUCUGGAAUUUUUCUUCCUUGGAUCUCCUGCACCUUGGGAACAACCGCAUCUCCUAUGUGCAGGACGGGGCAUUUAUUAACCUGCCCAACCUGAACAGGCUGUAUCUGAAUGGCAAUGACAUUGAGCGACUGACCCCAGGCAUGUUCCGGGGGUUGCAAAGCUUGCAUUACCUGUACUUUGAGUACAACCAGAUCAGGGAGAUCCAACCUGCCGCCUUCAGUCUCAUGCCCAACUUGAACUUGCUCUUCCUCAAUGACAACCUCCUGAGGACCCUGCCGACUGAUGCCUUCGCGGGCACCUCCCUGUCCAGGCUCAACCUGAGGAACAACAAAUUCCAAUACUUGCCCGUCGCUGGUGUGCUGGAGCAUCUCAAUGCCAUUGUACAGAUUGACCUGAAGCUCAACCCCUGGGAUUGCACAUGCGACUUGGUGCCCCUCAAGCAGUGGAUCGACACCAUCAGCUCAGUCAUUGUGGUGGGAGAUGUUCUUUGUGCUAGCCCGGAGAACCUCACCAACAGAGAUAUCCGCUCUGUGGAGUUGGAUGUGCUGUGUCCAGAGCUGUUGCAUGCCGCCGCCUCACCAGCCCCACCGGCAUGGGGCCACCCAAGUCCCACCAGUCCCUCUCCCUAUGAGCUGCUCCCAGCAGGAGGAGGCCCCGUGCCACUCUCCGUGCUCAUCCUUACUCUACUGUUACUGUUCUUCUCUGCUGUCUUCAUUGCUGCGGGCCUUUUUGCCUUUGUCCUGCGCCGACGGCGCAAGAAGCUACCCUUCCGGAACAAGCAGCGGCAAGAGGCGCUUGACUUAACAGGCAUCCAAAUGCAGUGCCACCAUUUGUUUGAGGAGGGAGGUGGUGGAGGAGGUGGGGGAAUCAGUGCCUCUCCAGAGAAGGCACCUCCUGUGGGUCAUGUGUAUGACUACAUCCCGCACCCAGUGACCCAGAUGUGCAACAACCCCAUCUACAAGCCCCGAGAGGAGGACGAAGUGGUGGUGGGAGAACCCGGGAAACCUGGGGACAUCUUACUGGGAGGAGGCGGUGGAGGUGGUGGCUGCACUGGGGAACAGUUCUCCGAUCCUGCUAAGGAAAGUGGGAGCAGCAGUUGCUACAGGACUUUGUUGGAGAAGGAGAAGGAGUGGAGCCUGGCUGUGUCCAGCUCACAGCUCAACACCAUAGUGACCACCAACCAUCACCCGCACCCGCACCCUCCUGGAGGGGGAAUUGGCGGGGGGCUUCCUCUAAUGGGGGAGCUAGCACUGGUGCCGCCUGUCUUCCACCAUGAGAAGAAUGGUGGGGUGGUGCUAUUCCCCCCUAGCGGUGCCGUUCUAGACAGCAGGGAGAGGCCGCCCUUAGCCCCUCCAUGCACAGUGGGCUUUGUGGACUGCCUCUAUGGCACUGUGCCCAAAUUAAAGGAAUUGCACGUGCACCCCCCUGGCAUGCAAUACCCAGACCUGCAGCAGGACGCCAGGCUGAAAGAAACCCUUCUCUUCUCGGCUGGUAAGGGCUUCCCAGACCACCACCAAACCCCCCAAAGUGAAUACCUCGAGUUAAGGGCCAAACUCCAAACCAAGCCGGAUUACCUCGAAGUCCUGGAGAAGACCACUUAUAGGUUUUGAAAAAUGUCUAGCUUUUACA